AUUUUCCAAAAGCCUAUAUUAAUUUGCUCUUCAUAUUUGAAGAAGACAUACAGUUUUUUCUUGCUGAAUUCUCUCAUCUUGUGAUCAAUCAAAUGGCGAGCGAGGAAGUCGUGGUGGUUGGAGGGGAGAGAGCUGGAGCUGAGAUCGUGUACGGAGCGGAGGAGUGUUACAAGAACUCGGUGGAGCUUCUAGAGGAGCUAGGAUUUCCAAAAGGUGUGAUGCCUUUGAAGAACCUCGUGGAAUGUGGAAGAGUUAGAGCCACGGGUUUCGUGUGGAUGAAGCAAGACACUCCUUAUGAACAUUUCUUUGAAGCCACCAACACUCGAGUUUCUUACGCUCUUGAGGUCACCGCAUAUGUCGACAAGGGUUGUAUGAAGAAGAUGACAGGGGUGAAGAGUAAGCAGAUGUUUAUGUGGGUUCCGAUUGUGGAGAUGAGUAUGGAGGAGCCAAAGAGCAAGAAGAUCUACUUCAAGACUCCUAUGGGACUCGGCAAGUCUUUUCAUGUUACUGCAUUCAUGGACGAGGAAGAGAAACGCAACUUUUACUUGGAGAAUCCCAAAAAAUAAAAAAAAUUAAAUUAUGAUUAUUAUAUUUCCGGUUGCUUUUGUUUUGUUUCUGUUUUCACUAUUAUCAGGUUGCUUUUCUAUGCCAUUACUAAAAAAAUUAUGUUGACAAUUAUAAAAUGAAGUAAAAUUCGUCUUGUGAUGCAAUGUUUAUAACCUGUAAUUGAAAUCGAUAAUGAAAAUAAUCAAUUUCUGUGAGUGGAUUA